AUGAACCUCAAGACCGCCUUUCGCGCCGGCCGGAAUCGCCGCCGCCAGCAGCCCGCCAACGACCUGAAGCGGAACAAGCACGAGCUCGUUUUGUGGACCCACGAAAGCAGCGUGCUUGUUGCGAAAGUGAGGUGGAAAUACGAUAGCACGGUGCGGAAGACGAAGAAAGUGAUGCCGACGUCCCGGAGGAUAUCGAUGACCGAGUCGGUCGUCUCAUAA